GUAACUCAAUAGAAGUGUAGUUUAGACAGACAUUUCCCGCUAUAUUAUUKUAAGGUUUUGUGCGAUCUGUUCUGAAAAAAUACGAGCAAGCAAAUAUUAGCCUUAAGGGUCGUUUGUUUUAGCGAAACUUUAUCGGAAAUGCUAACUAGCUACCCGUAGUUUCUGUACGAGCUUUUGGUUUGAAAGAAACCUUUUUAUUAGAACAAUUUACUAAUUAUUUUUAAUGUGCAAUGCGUAUGCUAUUUUACACAGGAGAAAAUGAACGAUGAGAUCCGCCGUUUGUUUGAAAGAGUCGCUGAAAAGGUAGGCUGGAUGGAUGAUGGAGGACUGGAGGCGACAGAAAACAAGUUCUUGUGGAAAACUUGACUCCAAAAAUAAAAUCACAGAAGCCUUGCAGUGCUGCUAAGAUGCCCAGCUCAGAUGUCCUUGUGCUGAGCUCCGAUGAUGAAGUCGCCUUUGAGACGUUUUUGGAACGAGUGAAAACCCCUGUCACGAAACCCCGAAGAAAAUCUGACAGCGGCAGUGAAGAUAGCCUCAAAAACUUCAUAGUGAACGACUGCUCAUCUGAUGAAGACUUUAAGACAAAACCUUCUUUUAGGGUUCCACAAAAGACCAAUACUCCCGCGGCCCAUCAUGUGUUCAGGAGACCGCUGUCUCAGCUGAACUCUCCUGUUUUUGUCAGCGACAGUGAGGAUGAUGAUGAUGAUGAUGACAAUGUUGUCAUUAGGAGUUCCCGGAAGACGCAUCACUCAAAGCCCAACAAGGCUAAAGAUGACAAGAAAGACGAGGAGAACCGUACACCGUCACCACCGCUGCCUCCAAGUCCUUUUGUCUUCCGUGUUCCUCCCAGCAAACCUGCGGCGUCGCCCAAGCGCACAUUUUCAGCCCCGGCCGCAAUGGAUGAGUCGGGCAGCUCUGAGGAGGAGUUUGUGUCUUUGCUGGAAAGGCUCAAAAAGAAAAACCCCAAGGGCACUUCGUUCUUACCCAAAACCACAAAAGAAUCGGACCAGGACCUUGUUUCAGCUCCUGCCGUGAAGUCACUUACGCCAUCGAACUCCGAGCCCAUUAAAGAAACGCCUCAACGCGUGAGGACUAAAGGAAGCUCGUCCAUCAUGAAGCCUAAAGUCUGUCAGACGGAGCCCAGACAUGCUGCCAUGAGCAGGAUAGUGACGUGCAAGACUCCCGGCUGCUUCCUGGAGUCGCUCACAGACACCAGGUCCACCUACGGGGCCAGUUUCAAGACGAACAAGGAAGAACUCACAAGCAAGCUCUACCAGAUGUACAACACCAGCGUAUUUGACAACAAGCUGCCAACUGAUAUGUCCGUGGCUUGGAAUAAGAAGAUGCGUAAAACUGCAGGCUACUGCAUUACGGGGCAGGAGARGGGUGGAGGAAAGCGGUACGCCCGCAUCGAGCUGUCAGUGAAAGUCUGCGACUCCGCAGAUCGUCUCAGGGACACGCUGAUCCACGAGAUGUGUCACGCCGCAACGUGGCUGAUAAACGGCGUGCGGGACGGGCAUGGGAACUUUUGGAAGCUGCACGCUCGCAAAGCCACGUUKGUGCAUCCCGAGCUGCCCGUGGUGACCCGCUGCCACAGUUACGACAUCAAGUACAAAUACCAGUACCAGUGCACCCAGUGCCAAAACAC